CCCUGGUGUGCUCACUGGUCAUAUGCUCACACGUGUUUUAUAUAUAUAAUCUCCAUUUUUUUUUAAAGGCAAGAGAAAUAGGAGUUGCAGUUCCUCUGACCUCCCCUCAGAGCCCUCUUGCUCAGCUGCAGUUUAGUGGUGGCUGCAGGUGCUUUUUGGCAAGGGUUGGGUGUAUAGCAAACAGAAGCUCAGAAGCACUCAGGAUGCGCCUCCUGGCCUGUUUCCCCUGCACACCCACCCCCAGCUCUGCUGUGAGGUUUCCCUCAGAGAGGAUGCGCUCUUGGUAGCUGGCUUCCAUGUUUAAGGUGAGCACAUGCUGCUCAGAAGCAUGUCUGCCUCUGGAUGCUCUUUGCAGCAGCGCUGUUCAGCAGCUGCAGCCUCGCAGCCUCACUGCUCCCCAGGGGAGCGAGGCGCAGCCCAGCCUAUGGAACCGCAAGGGAUUGUCAAAGCCUUUCCCAAGAGGAAGAAGGUGAGGGAUGACUCAGGGAAAAGCGUCCCUCCAAAGAUCCCGAAAGAAGGAACGGAGGAGCCCGAGGCGGAGUGGCUGAAACCAGUUGCUGCCUACGUAUUGCAAGCUGGCAUUGGCCAAGCUAGGGCAGAGAUCUUCCACAAGCAGAUUGUCCAGAAUGGGGGAUUUGUACACAGCCGUCUCUGCUCGGAGGUGACACACGUCAUUGUAGCUGAAGAUAUGGACUGUGAUCGGGCCUUCCGGCUCCUCAAAUUAGCCAAGCUGCCUUCGAGGUUGCAGCUGGUGAAGGCAUCCUGGCUCAGUGAUUGCAUUAGAGAUCAGAAGCUGCUGAAUACCGCUGGCUACAGUGUCUUUAUCCCUCGGAGGUACCGGGAAGAGGGAGAACAGCAGCAGCAGUUCCUGGGCAGUGAAGGAAUCCAGUCCUCAACAGAGGAGAGUGCAGCAGAACCAAAUGUUAAAGCACAGGUGGGGGAUUCCUCACAGCAAAACCUGGGCAGCCUUGCACAGCAGCAACCAUCUGAGGUGAGGCUUCCCAUACAGGCUCUGCUUCCUGCGGACAGGUCCUGUGUACUACUUUUGAAAGUCUGUGAUGAUGAAGACAGCGAAGGAGAAGAUGCCAGUGUCACUCAGGGAGAUCUGGAAGCACUGAUUUCUGGCCACUAUCCUGUGAAAUUGUCAGAGGAGACCAGCGGCAGCUCUUCUGCAGUGGCCCAGCCUGUCAGCAAGUGGGUUUGUGCACAGUCCUCCCACAGCAAGAAGGAGAAUCACAACCAGUGCAUCACAGAGAAGCUGGAAGUGCUGGCAAAAGCCUAUUCUGUCCAGGGGGACAAGUGGAGAUCUCUGGGCUACGUUAAAGCCAUCAAUGCACUCAAAAGCUACCACAAACCAGUUACCUCCUACCAGGAAGCCUGUAAAAUUCCUGGGAUUGGGAAGCGAAUGGCAGAGAAGAUCCUGGAGAUCUUGGAGAGUGGACAUCUGCGCAAGCUGGAUCAUAUCAGUGAGAGUGUGCCUGUGCUGGAGCUAUUUUCCAACAUCUGGGGAGCAGGAGUCAAGACAGCUCAGAUGUGGUACCAGCAGGGGUUCCGGACGCUGGAUGAUGUCCGCACAAAGGCGUCUCUCACCAGCCAGCAAGCCGUGGGCCUGAAGCACUACGAGGAUUUCCUGGAGCGCAUGCCUCGGGAGGAAGCUGCAGAAAUAGAGCAGACUGUCAGACAAGCAGCCCUGGCCCUGAAGCCUGGGCUCGUGUGUGUGGCAUGUGGCUCCUACCGUCGUGGGAAGGCCACCUGCGGAGAUGUGGACGUGCUGGUCACUCACCCAGAUGGUCAGUCCCACCGUGGGCUGUUCAGCAAGCUGCUUGACAACCUCCACGAGAGCGGCUUCCUGACGGAUGACCUGGUGAGUCAGGAGGACAACGGUGAGCAGAAGAAGUAUCUGGGGGUGUGCCGCCUUCCUGGGCCAGCCCGUCGUCACCGCCGUCUGGACAUCAUCGUGGUACCUUACAGUGAGUUUGCCUGCGCCCUGCUCUACUUCACCGGCUCGGCCCACUUCAACCGCUCCAUGCGUGCCCUGGCCAAGACCAAGGGCAUGAGCCUCUCAGAGCAUGCCCUCAGCAUGGCCGUGGUGCGAGGCCCUGGUGGUGUCAAGGUGGCAUCCGGCCACGCUCUGCCCACCCCGACCGAGAGGGAUGUCUUCGCUCAGCUGGGGCUGCCGUACCGAAAGCCCUCGGAACGGGACUGGUGACCCCGGUUGGCAGCCAGCACUCCGAGCUGUGCUGAUGUUUUGAGGGGUGCUGGCUUCUCCAGCGCUGUUCUGCGGUGGCUGUGAACUGGGUAACGGAUGGCAGCAAACGGACUCCUGGCAAGCUGGGGCCCUGCUGCUAGCAGAGCUUUGUGGCUUCACCCAGCAGAGGGCGUAGGCUGGAAGGGCUGCCCGGCGUCACGCGUCUGCCUGUGCCUGGUUCUCAGGCAGCCCCUGGCUACUGAAGGGACUCACUGCCCAUCAGCUAACCCUGGCCUGGCUCUCUCUAGGGAAGCUCCAGAAGGCUGGCUUGGAGAUCGUUAUGCCAAAAGCCCUCCUGGUGCUUGAGUAGUGGGGGAGAGUGAUGCAUCUUCCUCUCUGUGUGAGCACAGAUGCCCCAUAAUCUCUGUUCUGAGCUGUGUACGAAGGCAACAGGGAUCCUGCCUGGCCUGGAAACGAGCCCCUUUUCUCUGCUUGCUGCUGCUGGCAUCUGCUGCUGUGAGAACUGCAAAGGUCUCCCUGUGCUGCUGCUAUGUCUUCUCUCUGUCUGACUUGUGUUGUCUGAUGGGUCUCAUUACACAGUGCCAGGCAGCUUCCCCUGGAGCCAGGUGAGCCCUGAGGAAUAUGUAAAAACCCAGUGUGCUCCAUCUACAUGUUCUCAGUCCAUCGUGUGCUGAGCAUCCUGCAGUGCAGAGUGCUGCGAUCCUCCUGGCCUGAGCACAAGGGCUCCUUUCCCCUCUGUGCAGGAAAGAAAAGGCCCCUUUGGCUUCAGGGUGACUGUGCUCAGGAUUGUAAUGGUGCUGAAUGUAACCUGGAAAGGCUGUGUGUUUGGUGCAUGCAAAGCAUGGAAGCAGAGAGAAACACAGAUAAUUCAGUGUUAAUCCGGGCAAAGCAGAGCUUUCCUGUUUUUUGUGUGUGAUGACCAGGAAGUCACCUGGUCUGUAUUGAUCAGAGCCAGUGUGUGUGUGCACAUGUACAGGUGUGCUAACCCCUUCUAUUCCAAGGGAGUGAAUUUUGUUUCUCAGGAAACCUCAACUAUUUAUAUGUUCUGGAGAUGGAUUUUGUGGAGGCUUUCAGUGCUCUGCGGCAUCAGCUGCUGGUGAGGCCAGGGUGUUCCUGCCUCAGUCUCUGGGGCUAAUCUGGCCUUACACUCCCUUGUCUUGUAGGGGACCUGGCCACCCCCACUCCACACUUUGCUGCAUCUUUGUCACGUGCAGGGAUGAGCUGUGUUUGCUGCCAGGGCAGCCACUAGGCCAUCAAACCUGGCUGCUGGGGAGCUGCAGUGGGGCCUGGGUAUUUGCUGGGGAGGACUCAAUCCAGGCGGUGUCCUUGGUCAGCCCAGCCCUUCUAUAGAACGCCUGGUGGAAACGAAUGUCUUCUGGCACGCAUUGGUGCUUUGAAACAUGAAGUGUAAUAAAUCCUUUCUCUCUUUUUCAUCCA